AUGGCUCUGCUUCUUGUGGCAGCCAUUUUAGGGUUGGCUCUGUUUCCACUGGAUGACGAAGGCAGAAUCAUUGGAGGCUAUCCCUGCAACCCUCAUUCUCAGCCUUGGCAAGUUUACGUGACCGGCCAGUACGUUUGCGGAGGAACUCUGAUUGCUCCAAACUGGGUCCUGACUGCUGCACACUGUUAUAGCGGACGCAUGAAUGCCCGGCUGGGGGAACACAACCUCCGUAACUGGGAGGGUGUAGAGCAGUUCCGAAAUGUGAUCACUGCCAUUCCACAUCCUCAGUACAACAGGCGCACUUUUGACAAUGACAUCAUGCUGCUUAAGCUGAACAGGCCGAUCCCCAUGAACCAGUAUAUGAGGCCCCUAAGACUGCCAUCUCGCUGCAGCGAUGCUGGAACCCGAUGCCUCGUAUCCGGAUGGGGCACCGUCAGCUCUCCCCAGGCAUCCUUCCCAAAUGUCCUGCAGUGUGCAAACGUCCAGAUCAUGAACCAGCCACGCUGUGAAGCCUCUUAUCCCAGACUUCUCACAAACAACAUGCUUUGCGCUGGCGUACCACAAGGGGGAGUGGACUCCUGCCAGGGUGACUCGGGGGGACCCCUUGUCUGCAAUGGACAGUUGGAAGGGAUUGUCUCCUGGGGCAUGGAGACGUGUGCACAAUCCAACCACCCCGGGGUUUACACCAGAGUAUGCAAUUAUGUGAACUGGCUUCGGAGAGUCAUGAGAUCGAAUUGA